CAGAUAUUUGCGCAACCUGAUCACCCGAUUGGAGCAUCCUAGGGGGAUAUUCUAGUUUGUCGGAUCAAAAAAAAUCGAUUUUUUUUUAAUUGCAUUUUCGAAAAGUUGAUAGUCUCGAAAAUAUAUUACCAAAGCCGUUCACAGGAAUAAUUCGUAGAACUUUGUCUUUUCCACCUGAAGCGACUCGUAGACCAUCGGGUGACCAGUCGACUGCAUAAACUUCAUCAGCGUGACCAGGUUUUCAAAUCUUAAUAAAGAGGCAUAAAGACAAUGGCAUCUACUUCGUUGGAAAAUGUUGAGGACAAGGAACAAGAAGAUCCCAUUAGAUGUAUAUUCUUUGCUGAAUUUCAUCAUAUAGCGGGACCCAAAAUUACAUGCCAGGUGCCUGAUAAUUACAUAUCUAAGGAUAUUUUCGAUAAUGUCAGUGUUUACAUUAUACCAAAAGCACAAUUACAAAGAAGCACCAUUACAAUCACACUAAAGGACUAUAAAAUCUUAGGUUUUCCCGUGAAGAUUGAUGAUAAAAAAUACGCAAGAAAUGCAUUUUACUUCAACUUAUGUUUUGUUUGUGAUGCAAACGCUCGCACUGUCCAUUAUGAACCAGUGGUUAAGAAGAUGUCGGAUUUCUUGAUGGCUCUGGAAAUAGAGAAUUGCUUUCUGUCUGCAUCGGAUGACAAGACUAGAUUGGCAGAGAUGCUCGCACAAGUCAUGCAGGAUUUGAAUCUGCACAAAAUGUGUACAUUGACUGAAGGAACAAUGACAUCGCAUUUGAAAGUUGUGAGGUUGGCACCUGAGCCAAAACCAGUUCUUGAUCAUCAAGUACCAAUAUUUUUGGAAGAUAGGGAUACAUUCCAGAAUGAUCAAUGGGAUUUGACCACGCAACAAGUAUUGCCUUAUAUCGACGGCUUUAAUCAUGUGGCACGCAUAGCGGCUGAGGCCGACGUAGAGAAUAAUUUAGUCAAAAGCUGCGUGCAAAAUCUUGUAUAUUACGGAGUUGUAACACUGAUCCCAAUAUUUCAAUAUAGCAACGUCUAUGCAGUGACACCAAAAUUACGAAAAUUGCCGGAUGAUGUAAAAUUACAGGAAAGAUGUAUAGUAUACGCUUCUAAACUAGCUAGACAACCUGCAUAUUUUAGAGAUAUUUAUCGUAUGUAUUCAAGUAUGACUUACGGCGUCAGUAUGAAAGACUUAUGUCAACGUCUCAAUCCACAAAACCUCAGAAUAAAUGAAAGAAGAUUAGUACAAUUUGGCUUGAUUGAAGGACUUAUUAGAAGGGUAUAUAAUUAUCCCGUACUUCUUCCUGGCGCAUCUUGCAGCGAAGAAGCAAAAAAUAAUCCAAUUUACAAGUAUUUCACAGGAACCUACAGCCUCGAUGAAAUAUGCUGUAGCACGGGCCAGUCUGCCGCGCAAAUUGAAGAUAUUAUCGAACGUGAUCCGAACGUUCUAAUGAUAUGGAAGUGAUGUGUCACAAAAAAGACUUAAUGAAAGAUUGCAAAAUUAAAUUUUCUAUAAACUUGUACAUAGCUAUGUAAAAAUUCUAACAUAUAUAAUGUACAAACAUAAUUACAAGAAAAAAAGCUAUAUUAAAAUUAAAAGUUCUA